AUGCCCCUCAUGCCUUCCAAGGUGAAGCGUUUCAAGAAAAACGGCAGGGCUCGUAGCUUGCGUCGCUUCCAGAUGAGAAGAAGUGACAGAGACAUCCACCUCGUCAACGGGUCUUCUGCCACCAGGAAAGCACUUGCUGAAGUGAUGGCUUUGGAGAUCAAAGACGAAACAUACGACGAGUCCCAGAGUUUCUUUAGCUUCGCGCCAUGGGUCCCAUCAAGUGCUGCUGGAGACACUGACGUAGUUGAACCAGAGGUACUGACCUGCGUCAAACAUCCAUGGGGCAUGAUCGAUUAUCAUCUUUAUCUGAAUAGUCUCGAGGGGGGAAAAGACAUGCAUAUCAGGCGCGAAAACUUGUAUCUGUUCGACGGUACAGAUUGUGAACCCAUCCGAUACUGCGAUCUCUUCGUUGCCGAGAUUUACAGAAUGGACGAAGACAGCCAGCGAACCCGCCUGCUCUUCGCCAUUCUGCCCAUUGCGGAAAAAGGUGCCGUCUUCGGCGAACGUAACUAUGUCCUUGGCUAUGACUGGAAAUAUAGAAGUUUGUUUGCCCGCCAUUUCAAUUGGAUGCCCCACGACAUUCGUGAUAUUUGGUCUGUGUGGAGCGAAGGCACAACUGUGUACACCAUUUCCAUCUCCAGGCUAUUUAAUCUCCUGGAGUCAACAUUCCAUAAGCGGACCGGAAGAGCUGGCGAGGGAAUUUUGAGCUCAAAUCCUCUUUGCACAAGCCUUCAAGUGAGCGAUGAUCCCGGCAUGGAGAUGGUCAUUGUCACUAUGUUCGCCCAGUUCGCUGCGGACUUUAUUGAUGUCAUCUUCAUUCAAGAAGAGUAUCAGAAACAGAAAUUCCGCCAUCAACUGGCACGCUAUGAAGACCAAUGCCGACAGGUCCUGCAGCGUGCGUCGUAUCGGGCCUGGUUUGCCCUCCGCGCUGGAUCCGCGGGAGCCAAGUACAGAACGGAGAAAAACGAUGACAACGAUCCCUUCAGACAACUCCUCCAGGAUCUGUAUGCCUUGGAAGAGGAGGAGCGACAGGAGGAGGAGCAGUCGCACGGCUAUCUGAUGCAAAGCGGCGAAUGGCGCGCAGCCGACUUUGAAACUUGGAGACGUCAUCGCGAGGAAAACAGGAGGAGGCGCCGUGAGGAAGCUGUCCGGCGUCUUGAGGGUCUCUUUGCUAUACCAAGCGACCUCCCCGAGAUCAAGUCCCCCGGCGAGGAGUUCGAACAUAUCAUGAUUAAAGCUGGGGAGCAUCCGACGAUUGAUGAGGAUUAUCCCCUUGACGCUCCAAGGACGCCUUCGCCCCCAUUCCGCCACAGAUCGGUUCUCCAGCAGAUACAAAGCUUGACUCCAGGUUCUCCGGGCAUUGUUUGUCCAGCGACGGAGGAAUUCGAUGAUUUUGAGGCGACUGAAUAUCAUAAGAUACCCCUGCCCCUUCUGCUUCGCCGUACGCUCGAGCUUCUUGAAGAAAGCCCGGACUUAGAUUCGCUCGACAACCGGGGCCGAUUCGGAUCGCUUCUGACAGACCUUAGAGUGCGUGUCCGCAAGAGGCCUGCUGAUGUGUUCACCCUUGCACCGUCACUUGGUUAUGAGAAUGACAGUUGGAAGUUGGAGGUGCAGACGCAGCCUGAGGUCGGAGACCAACCGCCUCGCUGCCUUCUUCCUUCCCCUCUAUUUGCUUAG